CAAAUUUUGAAACAAAAUUUUCAAAUUCACUAAUUUCUUUAAUUUCUUCUUGUGGAUGUGAGAUUGUGAAUAUUUGCUGCCGGAAGAUUACUUUACAGUUUAGGAAAAUGUCUGAAAAUGACCUAUUUACGACUCGUAUGAGAAAAGCAACGCGGAGGAUUCAUUCAGUGAGCGAUACUUUAGUCAAUGCAAAAUUUGCUCUGUCUUUAAGAGAUGAAGCAGUAUGGGGUGGUGGCUUAUUUGUAUUCUACCACAUAUUUGCAUUCCUUGAAGAUGCAAAAGAGAGACUUAACAUGCCUGAUUUUAACAAAUUAUUUGUUAAUAAAAUUUUAUACCGAAAGAAAGCUUUUGAAGAGGAUCUAGCUCAUUACUUAGGUGAAAACUGGCAAUCAACGCCAAAGUCUGCAGCUCUAGAGAAUUACAUUGAGCAUUUGCAGGAUCUUGAGACUGAACAUCCAACACUGCUAUUGGUGUAUGUGUACCAUCUGUACCUAGGAUUGCUGAGUGGUGGCCAGAUAUUGGCUAAGAAAAGGAAAAUGUUUGGUGAAAAGACCACAUCAGGGAAUGUCUACACAGACAAAGUGACUGAUUUCAAUGAUAUAGAUAUCAAUGAACUGAAGAAGGAAUUCCGUAAUGCAAUGAAUGAGAUUUCUGAACGGAUGUCCAAGGAUGAACAGGAUGCAUUCAUUGAAGAAAGCAACCAAGUGUUCCUGAUGAAUAACUUAAUAGUAAAUUCUGUUGGAGGUCAGAACAGAGUACUAUGUAAUAUGUUCUACAAGGCAUCUGCAAUCUUAUUAGUGGUUAUUGGAGUCAUUUACGCAUACAAGAUGCACAAAUAGUUUAUUUUUCUUUGUUCAGUAUUGUUUUAUU